AUGGCAGGAACGAGCACGAUGAGCGAUAUGGACCUCAACGCUGUCCGCAAACUAGCACAAUCAUACACCACCCACCCUCUCCAUCUCACAGCGCUCCAUGCCUCCUAUCUCGACCGCGCAACCUCCGACCUCCCCACACUCUCCGACUCGCUCAUCUCUCUCCAACCUCUCAAUCCCAGCUUGCUUGAGAGGGACGUCGCGGACCACAAAGACUACUUUACGAAGAUCAAGUUCAAGUACUUGGAGCAGGAGAGCAAGGAGAGAUUCUUGAGGUAUAUCCUGAGAGAGGAUCCGCCUAGCUUAAGAGCGGCACAUAAUAUGCAACUGGAACAAACCAACACUGCACUAAAGACAUCUCUGAAGACAUCCAAGCUAGCGCUCGAAUCCAGCAGCGCACAAGUCCGCACGCUUGCGCCACAAAUCGACGCUCUUCACACUCAAACGCUCGCUGACGCAGCCGAAUCGACCCAAUUAGUGAAAGAGAUCCGAGAUAUGGAGCUCGAGCUCGCCCGUCUGCGAGCACAGCAUCCCCCCGAGUCGCGCAUGACAAUUUCUCGCGCGACGCAGAUUCUGGAUGAGCAGGUGGACACGCUCCAGCAGCUGACAAAGGAGCUCCAUGAUAGCAGCUGA